AAUACAUUUGAUGAUAGUUUGACAGGUGACAACUAAAUGUUUGUAUGGACUUAUUUGAAUUUUGAAUAAGAUUUUUAAUUGUGCAAUGUGAAAAGAAAAUUGUUAAAUUGGCUCUGUGUUGGCAUAUAAUGAUCAUCUAAAUAUAACAACUUGUUUAAGAUGGAGAACUUGAAGCAAAGAGGAAAACAUCGCAUUCGAGCAGAGAACGAAAUAAUUCGUAGACGUGAACAGGAAACUCGUUAUAAUGAAUUAUGGAAUGGGACUGUAAAGUAUUUUGACCAUUGGAAUAAAGCUUGCACUAAGUUUGAAGAAUGGACUUCUCCCAGAUAUUACAGUGAAAAUAACAAAUUAUUGUCAGAUUUAAAAAACAAAAAGGAUAAGGAGGAACAAUUGGCGAAGAGAAGGGAGAAAUUGAGACAAUUAUUCGAAGAUGAAAGACGAUCUUACGAGAUAGAAAUAAUGAUACAUAAAAAUAGAUAUAUGGUAGAUAAACCUAGAAGAGAUAACCUCGAGGUCUCUACCAAUGUCUUAAAAGAAAUUAAUGAUAAUAUAAAAACAGAAGAAGAAACUAAAAGAAGACGAGAAGCUGAAUUGAAGCUAUACGAACAAUGGAAACGUAAUAAUCCAAUUGUAAGACAAUAUGAAGCAAAAUAUAAAUGUAGAGAUUUAAAAUUGAGUUGGUUAGAUCAACAGAUAGAAAAACAAAUGGCCAUUGAAAAGGAAGAAGAAGAAAAUCGAAGGAUCUUGAAAGAACUAGAAGAGAAAUUGAAACAAGAACGAGAAAAAGAAGAUUACGAUAAAAAACAACUUGAUAUAAAAAGAGAACAACUUAAAAGAGAUUUGGAAAAACAGAUUCUAGAAUUACGUGAGAAGCAAACAAUAAGUGAUGAUUUGAAAUCCAAAGAAGAUGCCGAACUCAGACAGCAAACAUUGUUGGCGGAACUCGAAGAAAAAUACAGGGUAGAAGAAAAUAGGAGACGUGAACAAGAAUGUGUAUUGUUCAAUAUUAAACAACAUAAAAGAAAAUUGCAACAAAGAAUCAAAGAUAUUCAAGAAGAUCUGGAGCAAGACAGACAUUUAGUUUCAAGAUUAAGAGAUUUGGAAUUGAAUGAUAUCAUUCAAGAUGAAAAGAAACGUAAGGAAAUACAGGAAGGCAUUAAAGAGUUCUUGGAUAUUCUACAUCAACAACAAAAAUUAGAAGUACUUCGAAAAAAACGAAUGGAGUUCUUAUUUGAUUCGGAAGCUAAAGCAAUGUAUGAUAUGCAGGAAGAAUUAUGGAAACAAGAAGAAGUGAAUAGAAAAAAACUUAUUAAAGAAGUUAUAGAUUCUGUAAAAAAGCAAAUACAAGACAAUUUAGAAAGAAACAAGAAAAAUCAGAUAGAUAUUUUGAAAGAACGUGAAGAGAUUACUGAAAAAAUCGAACAGUAUCAUCAAGAAUUAGAUAAAAUAAAAGAAGAAGAACAAAAAAAGAAACACAAAGCAAGAUUAGACAGACAGGAUGAAAUAAAAAUGAAAGCUGCAAAAGGGAAAAGUUUAGAUGUUCUUCGAAUGAAGGAACUUGACAAAGAAUUGGAAUUAAUUCGCAAGGAAGAAGAAAGGUUGCAAAAAGAAAUUUUACGAAUUCAACAAAGACAAGGUCCAAUUAGACCACCUAGGAGUAGAUUAUUUCUAUAAAUUACUUCUUGUUAACUAUUUUUUAGAAUUAUUGUGAUAGUUUUAUGUUGAAAUGUUGAAGAUUUUUAAAUUAAAUACAAUUAUAUAUCUAGUGUUUCUAGAAUAGUGUUUGAUGUAAGCAUGAAUUAAUGUUGAUUAAGAAUUAAUCAUUUAUAAUAUUAGCUUUGACUAGUUAUAAAUCUGUAAACAAGAAUAUUUCACUAAAAUAUAUAUAGUUCUUCUAAUAUCAAUGAGUCCAUGUGGGCUGAUGGUUUGUUAGAUGUUUACCGAAUUUUAUACGGGGUGUAAACAUUUUUCAUUUUUUAAUUUGGUAUGAGUGCCGUACGUAUUUAUGAAAUAUUGAUUUUUCUUUACAUAACUUUUUUCUGCAAUUGAUAUUGGAAGAACCAUAAUAUCUUAUGAAUUUUAACACUAAGCUAGAACCUGUGAAUAGUCAUACAUACCAAUUGCACACCAAUACUUAUAAUUACAUUGUGACUAGAGAUAGAUGUAUAAAAACUUUUUAAAUUUGUUAAAUUUAUCAUAUAAUCUGGAUUUUUCAAUUUGAAUUAACUCUACAAAUGCGACAUUAAUUUACAAAUAAUAAAAUUAAAUAGGUGUUUAGGGAAUGUAGUUUUCAGGGUUGAGAAUCAUUCAAAACCAUAAAAUAAAAUGAAGAUUCAGAAAUUUAUGGAUAAUUUUCACUAGUUAUCAUAAAAAAAGUCCAUGCAAGCUUUUUAAAGCCAAAAGAGGUAAGCUUCAUAUCCCCUGGACAGCUUAAUUUGGAAAGUCAUUGCCACCUGAUUGGUAAAUAGUCCGGAGUACACAAUAGGUCAAAAUGUAACUCAACUAAUAUAACAAAUCGCCAAUCAUCGCAAAAAUUUCUCAUUUAUGAAUCUAGUAUUUCGCUAGCUCAGAGAAACGCGAAGAGUGGCUGGACAAUUAGAAGAAGUCUUAAGGCAGUUAACCUCGAACCAACUACUGGACCCAAAUUAACCCCAGCCCACGGAGCAGUCCGUCUGCGAUUUUCUAGACAACGCGCUAAUUAGACUGACGAACAGAGGGUGUUUGCAUGGUAGCGAUAGAAUGGUUUCGGCGCACAUUUCAAAGGAAGUAAAAACCGAGUUGGAUUUUAUAGAAACUGGCCGUGUACCGGGAGGAUUAACAGCGAACCGAUACAUAGACAAAAUUUUGAGGGAUCAAGUCGUUCCCUAUUCAGUUUUAUCGGCGGAAACUGCAUCCUAAUACAGCACAAUGAUUGUCCACAUACUGCAGGUUCCGUAUGGCAGUAUUUACAGGAUGUCGAAAUUGCUGAUAUAGAUUGGCCAGCACGUAGCUUGGACUUGAACCCUAACAGGUAUUUAUGGGAUAAACUUGAGUGAAAAUUAAGGACUAGAAAUUCUGCACUAGUCACGAAAUCGGAUCUCAAAACGGCAUUCACUGAAGAUUACAAUAGCCUCGAAUAAGAUCGAGUAAAGAAACUUAAUUGAUCCAGGAAAAAGCGAUUGGAAGCUGACAUUAGGGCCAGGGGAGAGAACACUAAUUAUAACCCUUUUUCAUUGAUUAAGAUUACUUUUCGUUUGAAAUUUGUUCUUUACCAAAAAAUAACUCAUUAUCAACAUAACCCACACAUUAUAAAGCUAAGACUAAUGGCUCUGAGAUGCUAAAAUCAGGAAAAGAAAGAAAGCUAGAGACUUCUGACGGCGAGCGAGAGACUUGCGUCGAUUUUUUUGCUCAUGAGUGUAUAUGAUUAAACACCACCACAUAUCAAUUCUCCCUGUUGGUUUAAGGGAUCUAAGAGAAUCAGCUUACGAGAAUUAAUGUUUUAAGCAAAAUGAUGAAUCCAUGAUAUAUUAAAAGUUUUCAAAACUAUAUCAAAACGCGCGUCAAGCAUUGUAAUUGAAAAUGUUGGUGUAGUAAAAAAUAUGUUCUGUAUGAGUAUUUGCAAGGUUUCAAAUAUUGAUGAUAUAACAUAGGUAACAUAAAUUAUACAGUAAUAUUUGGAUAAAAAAUUAUUGUUUAUUUUAAACCUGGGAAGUACACCGGACCCAUUUCGGAUAGACGAAUAUUUCGGAUAAAUCGGAAUCAUUACUAAAAUUCAUAUAAAUACAGAAUACAACAUAUGCAUUACAUAAACUGGUACAGGAUAAAGUGAUAAAGACAGUUUAUUUUAUUUUAUCAAAUCUUACGAAGAUAUAUUGAAAAAUUCGUAGCCUACUAUAGAACCAAAUAAAAUUUCAAUGUUAAAA